AUGCAUCUCAAGCCACUAAUCACGACCGCUUUCCUGGCCACAACCUCUUUGGCGAUAACAGACCGUACUGGCGACGUCCUCAAUGGCGCAGAAGUCAUCAACUCACUCGAUCUGAACGAUGUUCCCUCGUCAGCCGUAACCCGAUAUUACCUGCGCGCCGGUGAGCUCAAUGGCGGCUUCCCGCUACACCUCCCAAUCUUCAUUGCCCGAGGGCCCAAAGAGACACUCGAGACAGGAAAGAAGCUUUCCGUCUCCGGUACCGUUCAUGGAGAUGAGUUGAACCCAAUCAGAGUUGUGCAAAAGGUUUUCGAGAACUUGGAGAUAAAUAUUGACAAGUUAAAUGGAACUGUCAUUGGUGUACCUGGCAUCAACCCCAUGGGCAUCUACCUGAAUCAGAGGAAUUUCUGGACGGCAUCCGAUAGCGGAUUUCUUACAAACAUAAACCGCGUCUUCCCCGGGACUAACUCAUCGAGCGGUGGUAACGGCGGUAAUGUCAUUGCGUAUAACCUAUGGAAUUACAUCUGGGGCAACACAUCGAACGUCGACGUUGCUAUAGACCUACACACGCCUUCCAGCGGCAGCGGCUCCUCGCUUUGGUGCUAUGCCGACUUCCGGUUGCCGUAUGUGGAACGUCUUGCCAAACUCCUGCAACCUAAUAUACUCAAGAUCGACCCUGGUGAGCCUGGGUCCAUAGAAACGACCUUUGUACGCCAUGGCGUACCUGCCAUCACUGUCGAGAUGGGCAUUGCCAAGACAUGGUUGCCGGACCUCAUUGAUCGGACUUACGACUUUGUUAUACGCGUUAUGGACGACUUGAGCAUGCUCUCUGGCAACAGCAGCACCCAGCAUGAACCCGACCUUAGCAAGACGUUCAUUGGAAACACAUUUCAAGGAGUUCGAAGCACUUAUGGCGGCUUCAUCGAGAGCCUCGUGACCUGGGAUCAGGACGUGAAGGCUGGACAGGAAUUGGGUCGCAUUCGCAAUGUAUGGGGCGAUGUAAUUCAGAUACUCCGGGCACCCGUAGAUGCGAGAAUCCAUCAGGCGCCAAUCGAUCCUUCGGUAGAGCCGGGCCAGGACGUUUUCAGUCUGGUCUACAACUCCACGGAUCCAAGUUGCAUCGACGGUUGCGUGCUCUGA